CAUCAGACCGUGUGUGUGAUGGAACAGUGUCUGCUGAUUUAACAGAGCAAAGAGCAACGAGAGAUCUGGAAAGAACCGCAGGACAACAGCGUCAUGAAGGUCCUCUCUGUGAUAUUCUUCACCUGUGUUCUCCAGAUUAACAGUCUGGAGAAAAGCCCAUCUAAACCUCCAACCAAUCCACCCCAACUCCCAAACCCCCCGGUGAACCCUCCCUGGGUAUCCAGGCCUGUAUCACAUACAACCCACAUGCCACAAACGGAGCAAAAACCUCAGACACCAAAAGUACCCAGUAUAGCAAAACCAGCAAACCCAAACCCUGACCAACCAGAGCAAAACCCAGGAAAAAUUGAACCCACUAAUAAACCACAUGUCAAUGAUGGUGUCCUGGGCCCACAGCAGUGCUUGGAGCAGAAAUACACACGCUUGUCUUGCGCAAAAGUCUUCUGCCCGCCGUGGAUGAGAUGUAUCUCGGGAGUGUGUGUGUGUAAGGUACCAUACAAGUGUCCGCGGCAGGAGUCCCGUGUUUGUACACUGGAUGGCUUGUCGUAUUACUCCAUGUGUCAGGCCAACGCCAUCUCCUGCAGAUCCAAGGAGCCAGUGUUCUCACACUUCAGUGCAACCUGCAAAGUGGGAGAUAAGGUUGAGGUAACGUUGGUUAAAUCUGAGGACUCUAAAGAUGUAAUUAUGAUACAAACUCCAGCUUCGGAAAAAAGGUUGGUAUGUGGCAAAUACUGGGAUAUGGCUGCUGCUAACGUUGUCUGCCAAAACCCUGGAAACGCUCCCAGCGGUGCAAAGCUGGCAUCCAAAAUGUCAUAUCGGUUACUUGAAAAAGCUAAAAAAUGGCCAAAUGAGUGUAUGAGUGUCCGCUGCACAGGGUCUGAACUCUCAUUGGCUGAGUGUUCGAUCGCUACACCAGAGCCAAUCACAGAAAAAACAGAAGUGGCUGUCGCAAACUGUUAUAAGGAGCCUCAUCAAGGUAAAUGUGAGGGCUUCACCUGUGUGAACGGGAGGUGUCUAAAGUAUAAAAACACCUGUAAUGGUGUUGAUGACUGUGGAGACAACAGUGAUGAGAUGUGCUGCCUGAGUUGUGGAAAUUCUGCAUUCCACUGUAAAUCGCACGUUUGUAUUCCGGAACACGCUGUCCGAGAUGGGAUCAGGGAUUGUCUGGGAGGAGAAGAUGAACUGGAAGUAACGGAGGACCCCAAAAAAGUAACGGAGGACCCCAAAAAAGGAAAAAACAAAACCAUUCAACAGUGGUAUUCGGACCCAAAAGAAGAGAUCAGAAACAUCCGCACGUCUUUAGAGAAACUGGAAUGUGGCAUUCCCAACAUGGACUACGUCUACCGGCCUGAGGAAAAGGUUCCUUCACAUCAGCGCAGUAAACGAUUAGUGGGAGGAGAAGAGGCCUUACCGACUCAAAUCCAGUGGCAGGUGGCGAUACAGGAGGACAAAGAGAUCCACUGCGGAGGGGCGUAUCUGGGUGGCUGCUGGGUUUUGACCGCCGCCCACUGCGUCAGACCCAAACCGAAGUCGUUCCGAAUCAAGAUUUCUCUGUGGGAGAAACAUAACCGGCAGUCGACGACAGACAGCAUUCCGGUGAAGAACAUUAUUAUUCAUCAUGAAUAUAACCCUCAAACAUACGAGAAUGACAUCGCUCUGGUGCAGCUGGAGUUACUGAAUCUCUCGGACCAGUGCAUACAGGAGAAUCCCGCCGUCCGCGCCGUUUGUGUGCCGUGGUCCACCCAACAGUUCCAACCAAACGACACCUGCACCAUCUCCGGCUGGGGGCGCAACAAAGAUGGGAAGUCAGCACCGAUUCUAAAAUGGGCAAAUGUGACGAUUAUCGCCGACUGCAAGACUUACUACAAAGGCCGCAUCCAUCCUGGAAUGGAGUGUGCAGGUGACCUGGAGGGGAAGGUGGACUCGUGUCAAGGUGACUCCGGUGGACCUCUGGUGUGUAAAGACGCUUCCGGAGUGUCGUAUGUUUGGGGUUUAGUGAGCUGGGGUGAUAAAUGUGGGGAACCCGAUCACCCUGGUGUUUACACUAAAGUGGCACAUUAUUUCGACUGGAUCCGCUUUAACACGGGCUGGCCAGCCGUUACCAAAUAUAACCAGUAAAGAUGCCACCACAGAUAAUCUCUCUCUCACCAGUUAUAACUGGUGCACAUUUGCUGGUUUGUGUCGCUAUCCCAGUCUGUACGUGCUUUUGAAAAAGUUUUGUUGUUAUUAAAAUGCAGAUGAGAACUCAUUUAUCUGGCAAUGUAAAAGCCUGUGUUGUU